AUGGAUCAGGUGGCCCAUCGAAUAUAUUGGAGGAACACACUGGACCUGGAACCUGUGACUUUAUCCGAAGGCCCGUGUUUGACAGAAACGAUACAGAUCCCAUUCAUCUACUGUCGGUCCCCGGAUCUUAUACCCAAGCCUGCAGACUGGGGUAACCAUAUUGGUACUUCAAUACCAAACGUGCCAUCAAUCCUUUUCUUUCGAGAGGCACCCUCCUACGCCCCACCGAACAGCUUGGAGGCUUUCUUGAACGGUGGAACAUUGCCCAUAUAUAUCGGCUUUGGGAGCAUAGUAGUCGAAGACAAUGAAAAGACAACAGCCAUGGUACUCGAAGCUGUGCGGCUAACAGGGCUUGGAUCAACAGACUUUGAAAACGACAACGUGUAUUAUAUCGACGAUUGCCCUCAUGAAUGGCUCUUUCAGAAAGUCGCAGCUGUAGUCCACCACGGCGGCACGGGCACAACGGCAUGCGGACUUCGGUAUGGAUGCCCGACCACGAUCAUACCAUUCUUCGGCGACCAGCCCUUUUGGGAAGAUAUGGUAGCAGCAGCCCACGUCGGGCCGAAACCUAUUCCUUACAAGUUAUUGACCGCAGAUGGUCUCGCUACAGCAAUAAGGUUUUGCCUGUCGAAGGAAGUCGUCGAGUCAGCACGGGUCAUUGCCAAGAAGCUUCAUGCGAGCUCGGGAGUCAAGGAUGCAGUUCGCUCUUUUCACGCGCAACUGCUAUUGGAGCAGCUCCGCUGCGAUGUUCUUAGUGAUCAACCAGCACACCUCAAAAUCGAUCGAAAGAAGCUGAUGUUGUCAGUUCGCCUAGCAUACACGAUAGGUACUGCUCGUUCACUAAUCGUAAUCAGGCAUUCAUUACACGAGCUACUGAUCAAGAAUCAGCGCUGGGAUCCGGUCACAGGUACUACCUCAGUUGCGAUCGCAACGUAUUAUAGAAUGUCAUCGUCCAUUGCGAACAUAUUUAUCAAGCCUGCUCAGAUUUAUCGAGCAUCUAUCAAAGCAGUAUCGAAACAGAAGACUGAGCCCCACUCGGGUGUACCUGUUUCACCAAAGCCUAAUGUGGCAGCUUCAAUGGCUCUAGCCUCUGCAUCGAGUUUGGGGCGCUUUUUUCAUCAUUAUUCGAAAGGGGUGAUGGUCGAUCUUCCCCUGGCCUUUGCAGAAGGAUCACGCAUGUUGCCAAAAUUGCUGGGUGAUGAAGUGCCUGAUUAUGGCACUGGCUUUGCCGGCCUGGUUAUUAAACCAUACACAGGCGUGAAAAACCAUGGCGUCUUGGGCGGGGCUCUAGGGAUAGGCCAAGGAGUUCUCGACUUUUCCACUAAAGUGUCUACUGGUGAGGUUUAUCGUGCCAGCUACGCCCCGUUGUGGGCACAUGAAGCUGGGUGA